AUGACUGAAAAUUUGUCUACACAGCUCUCAAAAACAUUUUAUCCGAUAGAUGAACGUGUUGGAGCGUCUAUGAGAGUUGUAUCUGGCCACCAAAGCAGGCAUAAACAGAAGCAUAUAGCCUUUACAAUUUCAUUAACAAAACCAACUAGUAUUCAAGUAUAUUUGAUUAAAGUUACUGAAAAAAAUGAAAUCAAAAAAGUAUUACUUUGCAAUGUUAAGAACAUAAAGAAAAUUGACUGCAGGGAUACAAAGACACAACCUAGUUAUGAGUUGCAAAUCAUUACAGAAAAUAAAACAUGGGUGUUUAACGCGUCAAAGCUGGAAGAGAAACGACAGUUUAUUAGCCUAUUUUGUCGUAUAUUCGCCACACUCUUACCGCAUAUUUUCAAAGAUGUUGAAUUAGUCAACUUUCCACAGAAUAUUAAUAUAUCACCUAUUGGACAAAAUGAAUCGUUAGACGUCUUGUUAAUGUGUAAGACUGAUCCUGACGUGGAGGCUUCAUCAGCCACAGUUGGUGGUGGUACUGCUGGAGGUGGAGAUGGUGGUGGUGGUGGUGGUGAACGUCCUUCAGAUGCAAAUAAGGUUGGCGAGGUUGGUUCACCACUGUCAGAUGGUUAUCGUUCAUUGACUAAACGUGAAGAAGAUGAUAUACGUCAGUUUUUAGAUGAACUUGACAAUGAGUCAACGCUGUUCAAUGCUGCUCAAUUGACAGAACGUUUACAACAACAGUUAGCACAUAUUGAAGGUACAAAUGUUCAUUCAAUUAUGGCGUCUGAAUCACAAGUAUUAAGUCUUAUGACAACACUGGAUAGUGCUAUCGAACGAGCGGAAUUAUUAGAGAAACAAUUAAAUAAUUAUUAUCAUUUUCUAGAGGAAGUUGAAGAUGCUAUGGCCACUCUACGGGAUCAUGAUCAAUUAAUUCAAACGACUGUUGAUAAUCGUGUAAAUCUAUUGAAAGUUUUAGAAGAAUUAAUCGAUAGUUUAAAUGUUGAUCCAAGAUACCUGCGUGUAUUAAUUGAAGGGGAUUUAAAUACACAAGAAGGCAUCACAUUGUGUAUAGAAGCAGCUGCCUAUUUAGAUCGUAUUAUGAAUUCUGGAUUUAAACCAGGUCAAGAACAUCUUCAAGCGGUUGAAGAAAGAAUGGGAGAGCUGAGAAAUUUACGUGAUGCUUUCGCAGUAAAACUCUCCGGUUACGUGAAUGAUACAAUGUUACGAUUUGCUAGUCAACUUGGUUUUAUCGUGAAUACUGGUGUGAGUCUACCAUCGUUGAAUAAUGAUUCAGCAUCCUCGUUAGGAGUACCUGGCAGUCCUGGAAAUGGAAGUACUACUACUACUGCUGGAGGUGGUGGCGGCGGUACACUAGAGAAAAAUAAAAAACACUCUUUAAUUAUCUCCAACUCGUUUCAUGUCGCCUCAGAGGUGUACGCAACACAACGUACUGGUCUGUUACAAUUAGCACCACUGAUUGGCAAUUGGCUACAAACGAAUAGAAAAGAUUUAUAUAUUGAAAUUAAAAGGAUGUAUGUUAAAAAAUCCCAAAGUUUCUUUAGACGACAAAUUCAAGAAGUAUUGAAAUUCACUGAAGAUUCUAUAAGAGCUCUUGUACGUCCAAGUAAAGCUAAGGAUUCACAACGUCUUGAUAAUAUACCAUCUGAUGUUGGCAGUGUAAUGUCAUUACAAGUUUCUGAUUCAAAUUUUCUCUCUCAAGUUGAAAAUAUAUUUGAUAAUUGUUUCGAUAAAAUUCUGACAGUAAUACGUACAGAACAGGCGUUUGUAAAUCAGUUUUUCGGUUUUAAUUUACAUCCACCAAGUGAUAAAUCGCCUAAUACCCACAAGGUCUAUUCCGGUGAUGAACUACCCAGCCUAUUGGAUUGUAUGUUCCAGCUGUUCGAUGGUGUUGAACAAGAUGUGCUGAAUUUAGUUGUAAAUUGUGAACAGCUAUUAACAAUUCUUAUUAUGCCAUUACUUAUAUCAAUUUCACGUAUCACAGAGAAUGAAACAGCACAGAAUAGUGGAAUUGUCGAAAUGACUGGAGGCAGUGCGAAACAGUUACAGUCACAACAAUCAGCAUCAACGCCAUCAGAUGUGACCAAAGUACAAGUGACAUUUAUUGUAACACGUAUCACAGAGAAUGAAUCUGCUCAGAAUAGUGGGAUAGUCGAUAUGACUGGAGGCAAUCCGAAACAGUUACAGUCACAACAAUCAGCAUCAACGCCAUCAUCAGAUGUGACCAAAGUACAAGUGACAUUUAUUGGUAAUUUCUUAUCCCGCCUUAUUGUUGAAACCAAAAGAGCAUUCAAUCGUCUUAUUGUAAGUGGCAUUCUCAUAAAAUUAUUUUUUCAUUGA